AUGAAUUCGAAAGGAAAACCAGUUCAGGCAAUCUUGUGUCAGCAAGUACAAACAUGCUUGCAAUAUUUAACAAACUUUGAUACUUCGGACGAAGUUAUCAAGAAGUCGCUCACUAAAGCAAGCCUCAUUGAUGCUCCUAUCCCAGCAGCCAAGAUCAAUAGUUGCAAUCAAGAUGCUCCAUUGACCAACAUGGAAAGCAAUAAGAUUAUGGGAUUGUAUCUUUGUCGAGUUGAAAAAAAUAUCGUACGAAUAAAUGAACUCAAUAAGCAGCUACAAGAAUUUCUCGGUAACCAAAUGUGCGCGCGUAAAAAAAGUGAUGUGAAAGCCUAUUGGUUAAAAGAAAGAUUUCAGCGAGAGACACAACAGCUGAGAAAAAAAUUCGACUCUAUCUUGACUAUGAAAGACGAUUCGAAUAAAAAAGAAGAAGUUCGUGAAUCAGUGAUUAAAGAACUAAAGGAAGAAAAAGAGGAAUGUUAUGAGAGGCGGGAUGAACUGUUGAAAGCAAAAGAAUUGCAAAUUGAAUCAGUUAAAUCUGAACUCGAAGCUGCAAACAAACGAGAAAAAGCUAAAGAACUAAGGACAAAAGAAUUUAUGGAAGAAAGGGAUGAGUUAAAGAAGGUUUCUUAUGAGAAAAAUGAAUUAUUGAAAGCAUACGAACUUCAAAUAACGUCAAUAAAUCUUGAACUUGAGGCAGCGAACAAUAGUCUUAAACAUGAACGUAAUAGUUCGGCGUUGGCCGCUUGCGAAUUUCAUCACAUCGAAGGAUUGUUAAAGAAUAAAGAGUCUGAGCUUUUAAAUGCCAAGAACGAAAUUCGUAAGUUAUCUCAACAAGCCCGUCAACAUGCUUUAGCCUCGGACAUCAGCAAAAGUAACCAGACAUCGAACGGAGAGUCUGCAAGAUUACAGAAACAAUUAAACCAUGCUGAAAAAGAAAUGAAGAAGUAUGAAAGCAAAUACAGAGAUACAAAGGCCCAGCUAAAAGAAGCUAAACAUUUGUUGAAAAAUAAACCAGCAACUGAAAAUGCAAGUAACUAUGGAUGUACCGACUGCCAAGAUAAGAUACAACAAUUGCAAGUCCUUCAGAACCUUCUUAAGCAAAGAGAAAAUGAGGCUCGAGAAAUGUUUGAGCAUGGUCAAAGACUUCAAGCAACUCCAGUAAAUCAGCCAGCUGACAAUUCCAACGCCAAGAAGAGCAAGACCGAACUGCUGAUGGAUCUGCUUCCGACCGUAAACAUAAUUAACGACAACGAUCUAAAACCAGUCAUUAGGGGUGGAAAACUAGUUAUUCUUGGCGAAGGUGCAUUUGGUCAAGUUUCUCUAAUGAAAUACGUUCCGACUAAUACUAUUGUUGCUGUCAAAACCAUCUUUAACAGCGCCCCAGAUAACAUCAUUCUUGAGGGUCGUACCAUGCAACUAUGUUCAGCUCAUCCGUCGUUUCCAGUGAUGCUUGGAAUUGUCAGAAACACUGAAGAAACACCAAUUAAGCUUGUUUCGACAUUCAUUGGUGAUCACGCCAGCAUGAAGUCUGUGUCGCUUCGCUCAGCGAUCUCUGAGAAAUGUAUAAUAAAUAUCAACAAGGAUUCAUUGAAAAACAUCUUGCUGAACGUAUCUGUUGGAAUCGGUUACUUGCACAAGAACAACAUUGUGCACAACGACAUCAAGUCUGAAAACAUUCUCCUGGAUUAUGAACACGGGCAAUGGGUAGGAAAGAUCAUUGACUUGGGCGGCAUUACUUCUCAACUCGUAGAACCACCGGCAGCAGAGGCAACAUCUAGUGACAUCUUCGCACUAAGCAUGGUGAUGUGUGAAUUAGCCGAGGCUACUAAAUGGCAGAAAUUGAAUGACCUGGGAGUGAAAUGUAAAAAAACGCGACCACCAAUUGAUGACGUCAUCAGAUUAUUAUCAGCUCUCAGUGUCUGUUAA